AUGGAGACGACCGCUCUCGGUGAUCCGGGGACGGUGUUGCUCAUCGCCGCGUCGAGGGAUCGAUCGGCGUCGUACCUCGACGCGCGCGCGUACGAGGCGUCCAAGCGCGCGUCGGUGGCAACGGUCGAGGACGGUGACGAGAGCGACGACGACGCGCAGGAACGACGGAUAUUCAUGGCGACGCGGCGAUACGAACGCAUGAGAGAGUGCGCGAAGACGGGCGGGGUGCUCACGCGGGCGACGCUGAACGAACUCGUGCGUCGAGACGGGACGCCUUCGACGGCGACGUGGGCGACGACUCUGCGGCGCGUGCAAAGAGCUAUGCAGCGACUCCCUCCGGGGACAUCGAGCUCGAUCCGCGUGUCCUCGACGAGAGAGGUGCAGCUAGAAACGGAACGCGCGACGUUUUCUCGCCCGGCGCGAACUGUGGGCCGAAAGCGAGGCGUAUUCAUCGGCGUGAACUACGAAGAGUGUGCCACGGACUCAUGGCGACUGCGUCGACGAGGACAAGACGCGAUUCGCAUGCGAGAAUAUCUCAAGAAUUACUGCGGAUACGACGACGACGACGAGAUGAUGGUCCUCCUUGACGACGCCGAAGUGAACGUGCAAGAUGCAUCCAUUAAUCGCACGUGCACGAAGAGGGCGAUUUUAAAGGCAUGUAGAUGGCUCACGUCCGACGUCAAAGAGGGCGAUUCGCUCUUUUUUUACUUUUCGGGUCGAGCGUUUGAGGUGGAGGACAUCGUUGAUAAGAGCCGUAAGGGUCUAGAUAAAACGGCACUGUGCGCUUCGGACACGCCGAUCGACCCGAGUACGAACAGGAUCACACGACGAGAACUCAGAGAGGCGCUCAUCCAAGCGCUGCCUUCAAUGACACAUCUCACCGUGUUCAUCGAUUCGUACGGCGGUGGAGGCGAACAUGCGCUGCAUGAGCUACCGUACUCGUGCGUUAAUAUCACCAUUCCGGACGAGCGAGAUAUUAAGGACGCGAAGAAUGGGAAAAACAAACCGCCGGCCUUGAUGCCGUUGUGGUUGGUGCCAAACGCGGGCGAGAUCGUCAGAGACUUCUUGGCACUCGCUGAGGAGACGUCGUCACUGCAAUAUAAGUGUGAUACGGCGGUCGAAUCGGUCGAGACAAUAGUCGACGAGCUCAAACCAAGACAGACAUUAGUGUUGAAUCAGGACGAACAGUCACGCACAGUGAGCAUGAUUUCUGCGAUGGCACAACUCUAG